AAGUAAAUCAUGUUGAAGUUGCUUUUAAACACAGCUUUUCUGCUUUACCUGUCCAGGUAGCCUCUGUUUUCAUUUCAGUCUUAAUGAAAACUUUCUAACUUACAUCUCAAGUUUCUUUUCAAAGCAGUGUAAGUAGUAUUUAAAAUGUUACACUUCAAGAAAGAAAGACUUUAACGAUAUUCAGCUUUGGUCUUGUAACGCUGAAGGUAAUUCAUUUUUUAAUCGGUCUGCACAGCAAGAACUGAAACGAAUGGGGAUUGAACUGCUUUGCCUGUUCUUUCUGUUUCUAGGAAGGAAUGAUCACGCACAAGGUGGCUGUGCCCUGGGAGGUGCAGAAACCUGUGAAGACUGCCUGCUCAUUGGACCUCAGUGUGCCUGGUGUGCUCAGGAGAAUUUUACCCAUCCAUCUGGAGUUGGUGAAAGGUGUGAUACCCCAGCAAAUCUUUUAGCUAAAGGAUGCCAAUUAAACUUCAUCGAAAACCCUGUCUCCCAAGUAGAAAUACUUAAAAAUAAGCCUCUCAGUGUAGGCAGACAGAAAAAUAGUUCUGACAUUGUUCAGAUUGCACCUCAAAGCUUGAUCCUUAAGUUGAGACCAGGUGGUGCACAGACUCUGCAGGUGCAUGUCCGCCAGACUGAGGACUACCCGGUGGAUUUGUAUUACCUCAUGGACCUCUCUGCCUCCAUGGAUGAUGACCUCAACACAAUCAAGGAGUUGGGCUCCCGGCUUUCCAAAGAGAUGUCUAAAUUAACCAGCAACUUUAGACUGGGCUUCGGAUCUUUUGUGGAAAAACCUGUAUCCCCUUUUGUGAAAACAACACCAGAAGAAAUUGCCAACCCUUGCAGUAGUAUUCCAUACUUCUGUUUACCUACAUUUGGAUUCAAGCACAUUUUGCCAUUGACAAAUGAUGCUGAAAGAUUCAAUGAAAUUGUGAAGAAUCAGAAAAUUUCUGCUAAUAUCGACACACCCGAAGGUGGAUUUGAUGCAAUUAUGCAAGCUGCUGUGUGUAAGGAAAAAAUUGGUUGGCGGAAUGACUCCCUCCACCUCCUGGUCUUUGUGAGUGAUGCUGAUUCUCAUUUUGGAAUGGACAGCAAACUGGCAGGCAUCGUCAUUCCUAAUGACGGGCUCUGUCACUUGGAUAGCAAGAAUGAAUACUCCAUGUCAACUGUCUUGGAAUAUCCAACAAUUGGACAACUCAUUGAUAAACUGGUACAAAACAACGUGUUAUUGAUCUUCGCUGUAACCCAAGAACAAGUUCAUUUAUAUGAGAAUUACGCAAAACUUAUUCCUGGAGCUACAGUAGGGCUACUUCAGAAGGACUCCGGAAACAUUCUCCAGCUGAUCAUCUCAGCUUAUGAAGAACUGCGGUCUGAGGUGGAACUGGAAGUAUUAGGAGACACUGAAGGACUCAACUUGUCAUUUACAGCCAUCUGUAACAACGGUACAUUCUUCCAACACCAAAAGAAAUGCUCUCACAUGAAAGUGGGAGACACAGCUUCCUUCAACGUGACUGUGAAUAUCCCAAACUGUGAGAGAAGAAGCAGGCACAUUAUCAUAAAGCCUGUGGGGCUGGGGGACGCCCUGGAAUUACUUGUCAGUCCAGAAUGCAACUGUGACUGUCAGAAAGAAGUGGAAGUGAACAGCUCCAAAUGUCACCACGGGAACGGCUCCUUCCAGUGUGGAGUGUGUGCCUGCCACCCUGGCCACAUGGGGCCUCGCUGUGAGUGUGGCGAGGACAUGCUGAGCACAGAUUCCUGCAAGGAGGCCCCAGAUCAUCCCUCCUGCAGUGGAAGGGGUGACUGCUACUGUGGGCAGUGUAUCUGCCACUUGUCUCCCUAUGGAAACAUUUACGGGCCUUAUUGCCAGUGUGACAAUUUUUCCUGCGUGAGACACAAAGGGCUACUCUGCGGAGACAAUGGCGACUGUGACUGUGGUGAGUGUGUAUGCAGGAGCGGCUGGACUGGCGAAUACUGCAACUGCACCACCAGCACGGACUCCUGCAUCUCUGAAGACGGAGUUCUCUGCAGCGGGCGCGGGGACUGCGUUUGUGGCAAGUGUGUUUGCGCAAACCCGGGAGCCUCAGGACCAACCUGUGAACGAUGUCCUACCUGUGGUGACCCCUGUAACUCUAAACGGAGCUGCAUUGAGUGCCACCUGUCAGCAGCUGGCCAAGCCCGAGAAGAAUGUGUGGACAAGUGCAAACUAGCUGGUGCGACCAUCAGUGAAGAAGAAGAUUUCUCAAAGGAUGGUUCUGUUUCCUGCUCUCUGCAAGGAGAAAAUGAAUGUCUUAUUACAUUCCUGAUAACUACAGAUAAUGAGGGGAAAAGCAUCAUUCACAGCAUCAGUGAAAAAGAUUGUCCAAAGCCUCCAAACAUUCCCAUGAUCAUGUUGGGGGUUUCCCUGGCUAUUCUUCUCAUCGGGGUUGUCCUGCUGUGCAUCUGGAAGCUGCUGGUGUCAUUUCAUGAUCGUAAAGAAGUUGCCAAAUUUGAAGCAGAACGAUCAAAAGCCAAGUGGCAAACGGGAACCAAUCCACUCUACAGAGGCUCCACAAGUACUUUUAAAAAUGUAACUUAUAAACACAGGGAAAAACAAAAGGUGGACCUUUCCACAGAUGGAUAGAACUACUUUAUGCAUGAAAAAAGUCUGUUUCACUGGUAAAUCAGACCUUUACGGAGUACACGGCUAGAUGAAAGAAUUACUGAACAAUCACCUUGAAAAUCCGAAGGACUAAUAUACCCUUUAUGUUCCUGACUGAUGCACAGAACCUGGGGGAAAUCUACAGCAACAUACAGGUUGCAACGCCGAUGACACAACAGCAAUCCUCUCCUCUACAUGGACUUACUGUUGCAUUUUUUUUUAUUAUUAUUAUUGGAAUGGGAUUUUAGAAAAUAGAAGUUACCUUUGUGUGUGUUUUAGGGAAGGUAGAGAAGAAUCUGCUCUUUCUCUGAAUACUGUUUUGACCCCAGGCGGGACCUUGGAAAGGCCAGAACAUUAACAGUAGUACUUCUGUUCACUGAAGAGUUAUGUUACCUGAAGAUAAAAUGGUUUUGUCGUGUUUAUUAUUGUAUUUUGUGUUGAUGUAAAUAAACAUAGUAAUUUAAACAA